CUGAUCGCUGUGGGUGUGCUACUUCCUACACUCGCCUCGGUCGCGGUCAGCCUACGAUUUUUGACUCGACAUCAUUUACGAGUCGCCCCCAGAGAGGAUGGCUGCACUCUUUUGAUAUCCGUAGUCCUGGUAUGGGGACCUGGGAUAAUAACCAUCGCCGGCGCUGUGCUAGGAGCGUUGGGUGCGCAUUCUGUGCGGGCAGGUCCUAAUGCCACUCAUCAGAAUACAAUUCUCAGAAGUCCCGAAGAUGAAAUUGCCGAGCAGAUUGUUCUUGGAUACUGUAUAGUCGAAAAGAUCACGUUUGGAGUCAUCAAGAUCAGCGUACUCCUGGCCUAUCGGAGAAUUUUUCGAGGCAGGACAUUCAAUAUUGCCUCAUUAUUGAUGAUAGUGGUUUGCACUGUUCUAGUACUUUCAUUCUUGAUCAUCUCGGCCCUUCAAUGCCAUGUGCGGAAUUGGAGUCUCGAGCACUUGGACUGGUCGCAUCGAACACAUUGCAUUCAAGCGGAGAUAUCGUGGUCUGGCUAUGCCAUUACGGACGUGGUCACCGAUUUUAUUCUUUUGCUCUCCCCAGUACCUCUGAGAUGGAAGCUGCAGCUUACUCUAUCGAAGAAGAGUAGUAUGUUACUGGUCUUCCUUCUCGGGUCUCUCUCCACUACAGUUAGGAUCACUAGGAUGGUAGUAAUUUUGUAUUUCACUUAUGGCUCAUCUGAUGGAUAUCGACACCUGCUUGACCCCAUCUCAACAGCGCUGAUAUGGAGUCUGGUGGAAACUUCAGUGGCGAUCAUUGCUACCUGCCUGCCUUCUAUCCGCCCCUUGAUCCAUCGAUCCUCGGCCAGCCAUAAGAAUAAUCGUCAGACAUUUGAUAUUAACCAGCUGUUCAAGCCAGGGGGCUCACAGCUCCUGUUGCAUCCAACUAUACAUGAAUUUGACGAAAUCGACAACCGUAAUCGGCUGACCUAUCCAGGAUGUGAAGGGGUGGCCACGUUAGCACAGGAGGAUGCCUUCAAAUCGAAUAGACUGCUAUGCCUACAACACCAAAUAUACCAACUAAAGACUUUGCGAGUUACAGCACGUUUCGUUUUGUAUAAAAUCCUUGAAUACUUCGAGAUGAAAGUGAAUUGA